AUGAAGUUCACUUUGAUCACCUCCGCCAUCCUGGCCGCCGCUGGCCUGGUCUCUGCUGAUGCCAUUGGAAACAUCGUUUCUGACGCCGAGACCCUCGCUAACGGUAUCGCCACGGGUGCCGUGUCUGGCGGCGAGGCUAUUGCUUCCGCAGCCGAGACCUAUGCCAGUGGUGUCGUCUCCGAUGCCCAGAGCAUCGCCUCGAAUGCCGAGAGCAGAUGGUCAACGUUAACUGCCGAUGUUACCACUACCAACUCGGACGGCAAGACCACUACUGUCCCAUCCACUUUGACCACCCAGGUCUCUGCCACUACCACCGAUACCUCUGCUACUAGCACCUCUUCGGGCUCUACCUCCACUUCUGGCUCUAGCUCCUCUUCCAGCUCUAGCUCUUCUUCCAGCUCCAGCUCUACUGGUACCAACGCCGCUCCCCACGCUACUGGCAUGGGUGUUGCUGCUGCUGGUAUUGCCGGUGUGGUCUAUGUUAUGGCCGCUCUGUAA